AUGUCGUCCGCGGUGGAAGCCAUCUCCUGCUCCAAGGUCGCCGACAUCGCCGCGGCCGGGCUUGCGGAGGCCAAGGAGUGCGCCGCGGCGGUGGCGGAGCACGGCGGGGCUGACGCUGCGGCCGCGGCGACGAACGGGAAGAAGUGCGGCGGCGACGUCGCGGCGCCGCCGCAUUGCGGCAAGGGCGAGCUGGAGGAGGACGACGAGGACGGCGAGAAGGUCCCCGAGCACAUCGACCUCGGCCCCAUCCUCAGCAUCAAGGACCAGCUCGAGAAGGACAAGGACGACGAGAGCCUGAGGAGGUGGAAGGAGCAGCUGCUUGGCAGCGUGGAUCUGAACUCCGUGGGAGAGACGCUGGAGCCGGACGUGAAGAUCAUGAGCCUGUCCAUCCAGUCCCCGGGCCGGCCGGACAUCUUCCUGCCGCUGCCGGUGGAGGCCAGCGGCAAGGGGGUGUGGUUCACCCUCAAGGAAGGCUCUCCGUACAAGCUCAAGUUCACCUUCUCCGUCAGCAACAACAUCGUCUCCGGCCUCCGCUACACCAACACCGUCUGGAAGACCGGCCUCAAAGUGGACAGCGCCAAGGAGAUGCUGGGCACGUUCAGCCCGCAGCCGGAGCCGUACGCGUACGUGACGCCGGAGGAGACCACGCCGUCCGGGAUGUUUGCCCGGGGAUCCUACUCUGCCAAGACCAAGUUCCUGGACGACGACCGGAAGUGCUACCUGCAGAUCAACUACACCUUCGACAUACGCCGGGAGUGGCCGUCGUCAGGCUGA